AUGUUCUCCAAGGAGAUGCGGAGAAGGUCACAGUUGGUAAUGGCCGUGCCAUUCAUAGUAGAUCCUGUGACUGCUGCGAAUGCCGUCAAGUCAUCCUGGGGAACGUAUUGCGAUAAUGACAUGGACCUACCAUGUCUUGGUGGUCUUUUCUCAGUGAACUGGAUGCGCGUCUCCGAAACUAAUAACAUUAACGUAGAGACGCUUAUAAAGAAAUUCGAUGAUGUAAAGAAACCGACGAACUUGUCACAUGCGAUGCACUACGGUAAUUUCAAAAUCGCAAAAGAGCCAGGACAGUACCCAAAAUUUUCUUGGUCUGCUAGAGUUAUUGAGCCUAUGCACCUACAAAAACUUCGAAAAACGACUAACAGCGCGUUAAUCUCGACAGCACUGAGGCAGAGAAUCACUAAAAUUCAUGAGGAAAGACACAAAAUUGAAGCUCUAUUUAAGAGUCUAGUUGCCAACCUUCUUCCCAACGCCGAAGACAGGGAACAAGAGAUGGAGGGACGAAAUCCUGUCAAAGAUCUAAAGUACCAUAAUGACAUGGUGAAGGCGUUCAAUUCGAUCUGCAUCGGCGUGAACAAGGUAAUAAUCUCUUGCCGACAGUACAUGUGA